GGAGGGGCAUAGGGGAAGGAGAAAAGGAAACAGGGUUUGGGGAGCACCGCGCAGCAGGGUGACGGGCCUCGCCCCGCGCUGCAGGCCCCCGCAGCCCUAGCGCCGCCCGCCCCCGAGCUGCAGCACCGAUGCGCUGUCCGCGGUGCUGACGCCGGCCGCCCGCUCGGUUGGGAGGGGAGGAGACGCCCUCAUUCCCAGGUCGCUCCGAGCCGAGUGACCCCACCCCCAUUCCUUCCCAGACCGGAUCAUUUCUCCAAAGCAACCAUCAGAGACCUAGCGCUGCGGAAGGAUCCAGGAAGAAGCGAGCAAGAGGGAACUUAAAGUUCGGACUGCAGUCCGAGAACCAGGUGUUGGAAGAUUCGCGUCUUGUGGCCCCCAACCCCUAAGACCGCAAGGCACCUUCAAGUUGAGCAAAGUUUGGCGGCAGCUUGGAGAUAAGAAAGGGAUUCCGGAGCCGAAGCUUAGGGACGGGCCUGACGGGGUUCCCUGACAGGGUGGCAGCCAGCACCACAGUCCGGACACCUGCUUCGGUGCCCCGCAUUUAGUGCCGCCAGAACCGCCGGGAGGCGUCGCAGCAGCCCAACUCCCCACCCCUUUCUUCCCAUCCUUAUCUCUCCCCCCGCUCCCCCGCCCAACACCCCGCCCCGGGCGCCGGUGACUCCGCCUCUCCGUGCCGGGCGGCUCUCCGGCUGGAGCUGGAAAGGGAGCGCUUCCCCGGACUAGGCUCUGUUCUGAGGCUGCGAAGCCGACGCCGCCAGCUCAGGCCCGGGGGUGGGAGCGGACUGCCAGCGCAGCCUGCGCCUGGGAGCCGCAGAGAGGGGGAACGCCUCAUGGGACGCCCCCGGGGGCUUUCUUCGUGCCCUGCUGCAGUGUCCCAGUCUUAAGACUCCCGGGCUCCCCUGCCCGCCCCGCCCGCAGCCCGCGGCCUGUCUGGAGAGGAGUAUGAGGCCCGGGGCCCCGCGGACGCCGGCCAUAGGGCGGCAGGGGCCUACCUUCAGACCCCUGCACCCGAGGGUCGCGGGUGAGGAGCCGCGGGAGCCGGCGAGGCGUCGGGGCACGGAGAGGAGCGUCCCAGCCCGGGCGCUCGAAGGGCCUCGGGACCCGUGUGCGGCCUGAGCGCCGAGAAGGCGGAGGCGAGGCGCCCCGCCGUCCGGGCUCUGGGGGAGGCGGCAAGGGGCUCCGCGGCGGCCCCCGACCCCUGGCCACCAUCCUCACGCUUCUGCUCCCGCGGGGGGGAUGUCGCGGCCCGGGCCCCGAGCGCCGCCCCGGCCCCGGGGCUGAGCUCCGGACCAUGUCCUCCCGCAGCCCCCGGCCCCCGCCCCGCCGCUGCCGCCGCCGCCUGCCGCGCCCCUCCUGCUGCUGCUGCUGCUGCCGCCGCUCGCACCUCAACGAGGACACGGGUCGCUUCGUGCUGCUGGCGGCGCUCAUCGGCCUCUACCUGGUGGCAGGCGCCACUGUCUUCUCCGCGCUCGAGAGCCCGGGCGAGGCGGAGGCGCGGGCGCGCUGGGGCGCCACGCUGCGCAACUUCAGCGCAGCGCACGGCGUGGCCGAGCCGGAGCUGCGCGCCUUCCUCCGGCACUACGAGGCCGCGCUGGCCGCCGGCGUCCGAGCCGACGCGCUGCGCCCGCGCUGGGACUUCCCCGGCGCCUUCUACUUCGUGGGCACCGUGGUAUCGACCAUAGGUUUCGGCAUGACCACCCCCGCGACGGUGGGCGGGAAGGCCUUCCUCAUCGCCUACGGGUUGUUCGGCUGCGCCGGGACCAUCCUGUUCUUCAACCUCUUCCUGGAGCGCAUCAUCUCGCUGCUGGCCUUCAUUAUGCGCGCCUGCCGGGAGCGCCAGCUGCGCCGCAGCGGCCUGCUGCCCGCCACCUUCCGCCGCGGCUCGGCGCUCUCAGAGGCCGAUUGCCUGGCCGGCUGGAAGCCCUCGGUGUACCACGUGCUACUGAUCCUGGGCCUGUUCGCUGUGCUGCUAUCGUGCUGCGCCUCGGCCAUGUACACCAGCGUGGAGGGCUGGGACUACGUGGACUCGCUCUACUUCUGCUUCGUCACCUUCAGCACCAUCGGCUUCGGGGACCUGGUGAGCAGCCAGCACGCCGCCUACCGGAACCAGGGGCUCUACCGCCUGGGCAACUUCCUCUUCAUCCUGCUCGGCGUGUGCUGCAUCUACUCGCUCUUCAACGUCAUCUCCAUCCUCAUCAAGCAGGUGCUCAACUGGAUGCUGCGCAAGCUGAGCUGCCGCUGCUGCGCGCGCUGCUGCCCGGCGCCCGGCGCGCCCCUCUCGCGGCGCAACGCCAUCACGCCGGGCUCCCGGCUGCGCCGCCGCUUGGCCGCACUCGGCGCCGACCCCGCGGCCCGCGACAGCGACGCCGAGGGCCGCCGCCUGUCGGGCGAGCUCAUCUCCAUGCGCGACCUCACGGCCUCCAACAAGGUGUCGUUGGCGCUGCUGCAGAAGCAGCUGUCGGAGACGGCCAACGGCUACCCGCGCAGCGUGUGCGUCAACACGCGCCAGAACGGCUUCUCCGGAGGUGUGGGCGCGCUGGGCAUCAUGAACAACCGGCUGGCGGAGACCAGCGCCUCCAGGUAGACCGCCGGGCCGCGCCACGGACCCUCGGCAGGCUGGCGCGCCGCCGGCCGUGGUUUGCUUUCCUUCUCUCAGACGCUGGCGCUUUCUUAAUCUUUACCCAAUAAAAUCAAACAAAAA